AUGGACAUGAAUGGCUUCACUGAGGAGGAUCUCAUGGCAGCGCUGAGCCACCUCGUCGACCACAAGGCCCAGGGUUCUAGCUUUGUGGGCAUGAACGACCCACACCGUACCCUCUGGGUGAGGAACUACCUUGCCAAUACCACUACAACAUGUAGUGGUGCCCUUGAGGGCGUGGGAGGAGAUGCAUGCAUGAAGGCACAACAAGAGUACCAGAGCUUCUUGGAUGAUGAGGCCAUGUCAAUUGAGGCCAUCGAUAAGCUAGUGCCGUUAGCACAACUACCGUCGGAGGCAGUGCCUGCUCUACAAGGAGCACCAGAGGUACGUGAGAGAAGGGUCAAAGAUUUCAUCACCGUCUUCCUGAUCGUCGUGAUCGUGAGGAUCUUUGAGACGCAAAUCAAGGGCAAGGGAGAUGACCCGACUUCUGCGGCCGGGGGUGCCUCGGGUCCUCCAGGAUCGAAGUCUGUGGGAGCUUCACUGGGAGUGGCUCUCGUUCUGGACCAGUAUGGGUCCAACCUCUCGGCCUCGGCGGAGGUGCUGCCUUCCCUCCCCCUCCUUGACUCCUCCAAGCUGAUGCCGGGGGUCCAGAGCGACCACCUUGGCGCCAUUGAGGAGUCCCUGGAGUCUGGGGAGAUGGAGUCCCACCUCACUGACCCUCUGGCUUCGUGGGUGGAAGACAGUCAGCAGGCGGAGGGGCCUCCGGCCAAGGUGGCUAGGCGCUCGCUGCCUUCCCCGCCGCCGGCCGUGGGUGUGGAGGGUGUGGAGUUGGUGGAGAUGGAGACGGUGGACGAGUCCGAUGUGGAGGAGCAGGUGGUGGGCGGUGAUCUGCGGGCGGAGGUGGCUGUGGCGACGCCUAUCGCUCAAGGCCCGCGCUCAAAGGCCGUCUACUUCAAGCGUGGCCAGUCGACCCCGGCCUCGGCGGUGCGGAAGAGCGCCAGGAACUCCUCCGUGGCUCCUGGUACCUCCGCUCUGGCAAGGGCGCAGCAGCUGACUGCUGAGAAGAACCUGGAGGGGAAGACGGCGCCCGCGUCGGCGAUCGGCAAGGAGAAAGUCUUGGAGGGUUCUGGUCAGACCGAGGGACCUGCCGCUUCUGGACGCGGCGCUGGACGAGGUUAGGAGGCUUCAGCAACGGCUUCGCGACGAAGACGGAGGAUGAUCCGCACCUGUGCACCUGGGCCAGCAUCAUGUUUCCCCCCUGCUCGUAGAGCUGUAGCACUUUGUAGCCUUUUCCGUUUCAGCUUGGGCACUUGUGGUAUUGGAGUCGCUAUGUUUAAGGCAUCAGACUUGCUGUUCGUGUGUGUGUUUGUAUCGCUACUAUUGUUGAUCCGUGUGCUUUAUUUAUAAAGCAGGGCCAAGGGCCUUCCCUUUAAAA